GCCUUUUUUUCUUAGGUUUCUACCCCCUUUCUUUCGUGUUCUAUCUGGAAAGCUUCACCGCGGAGUGGAUCUGGUACUGGUGGGGUUUAGCAUCGUCGUAUGGUCUUGCGCGCGUGAUCCGUGUGCUCUUCGAGAAAGAUGGCGGUGGAGAGCGGGGAGGAUUGCUGCGUGAAAGUGGCCGUGCACGUAAGGCCGCUCAUUGGCGACGAGCGCCAGCAGGGGUGCAAGGAUUGUGUCACCGUAGUCCCUGGGAAACCGCAGGUGCAAAUUGGCACCCAUUCAUUUACUUUUGAUCAUGUAUAUGGGAGCACAGGUACUCCAUCGUCCGCCAUAUUUGACGAAUGUGUUGCUCCACUUGUAGAUGGCUUAUUCCAAGGAUACAAUGCUACUGUUCUUGCGUAUGGUCAAACGGGGUCAGGAAAAACGUACACCAUGGGAACUGCAUGUAAGGAUGGUUCUCAAACAGGUCUUAUACCUCAAGUUAUGAAUUCUUUAUUUAGCAAAAUUGAGGCUUUGAAGAAUCAAGCAGAAUUUCAACUGCGCGUCUCAUUCAUUGAGAUAUUAAAAGAAGAAGUGAGAGAUUUGCUAGAUAGUUCAUCUGUCAGCAAAAUUGAAGCUGUCAAUGGACAUUCUGGGAAGUUGACAAUGCCUGGGAAGGCUCUAGUGCAGAUACGGGAGGCAUCAAAUGGGGCAAUAACAUUGGCUGGAUCAACUGAGAUUUUUGUUAGCACUCAAAAGGAGAUGGCUGCAUGUCUAGAACAAGGUUCACUGAUUCGAGCAACUGGAAGUACAAAUAUGAACAAUCAGUCAAGUCGUUCCCAUGCCAUUUUCACAAUCACAUUAGAGCAAAUGUGCAAGAUUGGUCCAAAUGUCCCUGCUGAAGGCACCCUCAUGGAGGACAUGAAUCAUGAAUAUUUAUCUGCAAAACUACACUUAGUAGAUCUUGCUGGAUCAGAACGUGCCAAGAGAACAGGCUCAGAUGGCCUUCGAUUCAAGGAAGGAGUUCAUAUAAAUAGGGGGCUGCUAGCCCUUGGAAAUGUCAUUAGUGCUCUUGGAGAUGAGAAAAAGCGUAAAGAGGGUGCCCAUGUUCCUUACCGUGAUAGCAAACUUACACGGCUCUUGCAGGAUUCACUUGGUGGAAAUAGCAGGACUGUAAUGAUAGCCUGUACCAGUCCAGCUGAUGUUAACACAGAAGAAACACUCAACACAUUAAAAUAUGCUAACCGAGCUCGUAACAUUCAGAAUAAGCCCAUUGUCAACAGGAAUCCAAUAUCAGAAGAGAUUCACAGAAUGAGGCAACAUAUUGAAUAUCUACAGGCUGAAUUGGCCUGUCACCGCGGGGGAGGUGCAUCGGAUGAUAUCCAGGCUCUGAAAGAGAAAAUCUCUUGGCUGGAAGCUACUAAUGAAGAUCUUUGUAUGGAAAUCUACGAAUACCGGAGUCGAUUUUCUCAGGAUCACCAUUUUGCCACAGAUUCUGAAGAAACUGGAAGUUGUUUUCUUAAAGGAGAAGAUCUAAAGAGGAGCCUGCACAAUGCAGAAGGCUAUGAUUAUCACAUGGCUGGAGCUUUAAGAGGUGAUUCAAAGGAAAUAGAUGAAGUAGCCAAAGAAUGGGAGCACACAAUGUUGCAAGAUUCUAUGGGAAAGGAGUUGAAUGAGUUAAAUAGACAAUUGGAGCAAAAAGAGUCUGAGAUGAAAACGUUUUGUGGAUUUGACACGUUUUCUCUUAAGCAACACUUCAAAAAGAAGUUGAUGGAACUUGAAGAGGAGAAAAGAGCAGUGCAGCAAGAAAGAGACAGAUUGUUGGCUGAAGUUGAAAACCUCGCUGCAGCCUCAGAUGGGCAAGGGCACAAAUUGCCAGAGAACCACUUGCAGAAACUGAAGGCCCUUGAAGCACAGAUAUUGGACCUUAAAAAGAAACAAGAAAACCAAGUUCAACUAUCAAAGCAAAAACAAAGGAGUGAGGAAGCGGCAAAGAAGCUACAAGAAGAGAUACAAUUUAUUAAGUCACAGAAGGUCCAGUUGCAACACAAGAUAAAGCAAGAGGCAGAACAAUUUCGUCAGUGGAAGGCUUCUCGUGAGAAGGAACUGCUUCAGCUAAAGAAAGAGGGAAGGAGAAAUGAGUAUGAGCGACAUAAACUUCGAUCAUUAAAUCAGAGACAGAAAUUGGUUCUUCAGAGGAAAACAGAGGAGGCUGCAAUGGCUACCAAGAAGUUGAAAGAACUGCUCGAAGCUCGAAAAUCAUCAGCACGUGAAAAUUCUGUUAUUGCAAAUGGUCAUUCACCAGGAGUUCCGUUCAAUGAAAAAUCCCUACAACGUUGGCUGGAUCAUGAACUUGAAGUCAUGGUGCAUGUGCAUGAAGUGCGGAAUGAAUAUGAGAAACAGAGUCAAGUGCGUGCUGCCUUGGCCGAGGAGCUUACUUUCCUGAAACAAGAGGAGGCUUCAUUAUACGGUGCUAGUCCACCAAGAGUAAAGAAUGGAAACUCCAGAAUGUCCUCUUUGUCUCCAAAUGCACUAUUAGCAAGAAUAACAUCACUUGAAAACAUGGUGAACAUAUCAUCAAACACUCUUGUAGCAAUGGCUUCCCAACUUUCCGAGGCAGAGGAACGUGAACGUUCUUACACAGGACAUGGAAGGUGGAAUCAGUUGCGCUCCAUGGGAGAAGCAAAGAGUCUGCUUCACUAUGUGUUUAAUGUUGCAGCAGAUGCAAGAUGCAAGUUGAGGGAGAAGGAAAUUGACAUCAAGGAACUAAAAGAGCAACUGAAUGAACUUGUUAGCCUUCUUCGACUCAGUGAAGCACGGAGAAAAGAAAUGGAGAAGCAACAGAAGAUGAGAGAGCAAGCUGUUGCAGUUCCAUUAACGACAUCACCUUCGGCAAAUUCAAAUGGUUCCCUGAAGCACUCUGCUGAUGAUACUGGUACUCCACUGUCUCCAAUAGCAGUACCAGCGCAGAAACAACUGAAGUACACUGCUGGUAUCGCUAAUAGCCCAAAUAAAGCGGCUUCAAGUUUUGACAAGCAGCCACUGAAGAUGGUGCCGAUUGGGCAUCUGCCUGUGGGAAAGAAACUGGCAAUAACAGGUCAUGGAGGAAAGCUUUGGAGAUGGAAAAGGAGCCAUCAUCAGUGGCUCCUACAGUUCAAGUGGAAGUGGCAGAAACCAUGGAAAUUGUCUGAAUGGAUUCGGCGUAGUGAUGAAACAAUUAUGAGAGCUAGACCUCGGUCCCUCCCUCUUCAUAGGAUCUCAUGAUAUAGCAUCGCAUGGUCACCCAACAAUCCCAACCAAUCCCCCAGUAAGCAUAUUGACAAGGAAAUUACUAUCAGCCACAUUCCCAUGUUCCUCUUCAAUAACAAGGCCUCAUAAAUUGUUCCUGAAUGUAAAGAUUUUCGCCUGUUGGAUAAAUGCAACUUCACCCGCCUUCCGCUUGUCUCUCUAAAAGCUCUGAAGCAUGUCAUAAAGCAGAAAAAUUCUGAAAAAUGCUGGUAAUGAAGGGACAUGAAGGAUGAAGCUCGGCAUGUAGCUGAUUUCCUUUUUCCAUCUUGUGGCAGUAUCGCAUUGGCCAUCAAAGAUGCUUGGCCUGUUUGGUUUGGUAAAGUAUCCAUUUGUAAUUGUUAUUAUUAUUAUUUUUGUUAUAUCUUGUACGUAUGAAACAUUUAUGUGUAUCCAAAAGUAAUACUGUCUUGGCUGUAAGAAUACAAAGUUUGGUGUUUUGUGGUAUGUAAAAUUUGGAAAUAGUAUUUGUCGUAGUGAACUGAAGAUGAAAAAUAGAAGUUAUCGAUUCA